AUGCAAACAGUGUGUGAUCAAGUCCCAUUAAGAACGAGGACACCAGAGGCUCAGCUGAGCUUCCUGGGCUGGCAGUCCUCCAGUGCAUUGCCACACGUGGACACCAGACCGAGCGGGGUCGUCGGGGUGCGGGGAUCCCCGAGGCAAUUUCGGGGCAUCAGUCCACGAUGGGGAACCGGAGACCCACAAUCGGCCCAGGGGAGUCAGGGCGGUGCUGACAGGGCUGGUUCACAGCGCGUGCAACAGCUGAGCAGACGGAACUCGAUUAAGAAACCAGGCACGCCAGGUGCCCACCAGGACCUCGGGCAGCAGAGACUUCAGCCGCCGGGCGGGUGGUGGGACCGAGGGCGGGGCGGGUGGCGGGGCCCCAGCCCUUUAAACUCCCUGCGCGCGGGAACCGCGGCCCAACAACCAACGGCGGGCGGGGCCGAGCGGGGCGCGCGCCUCCACCGCCCAACGAUCACCCCCCGACCCCGCCCCGCCGCUGUCCAAUCAGCCGCUCUCUUGCCGCCCUCCCCGCUACCCCCGUUUCCCUGGCCCGGACGAACCACGCGGAGGGACAGCGGGGCGGGGCGGCAGGCGGGUGUGUCCGGGCGAGUGCAGACGCCGCGCGCUCCACUGGAGUUUCGAACGCUGUUGGCCCUCCAGAUAGAAAAAAAUAUAAGAGCGGCGGCCAAUGGCGAGGUGGGAAGGACCCGCGCGCAGACCCGGCCCCGCCCCGGCCGGCUGGAAAGAAGGCCAGGCCUGGCCAUUGGCUCGCGCCGCCUGUCACUCGCCGGUGCGGCCAGCGGGCAGCGGCCUCGCGGUGACUGGUUCCGCCCAGGCGCGAAAUGUAACGCGGGAAAAGCCGGGGCAGGCACCGCGGCGGCAGGUUGUUAUUUUUGGGGGCUCAGCGCCGCGCGUCCUGCUUUCCUGUCACCGCAAGGGCCGGGCCGCCCGCUGCUUCCCACCGCUGCAGCCUGCGCUGCGGAGUACAAAGAGCGGAGGGCGCGCUUGACCUGGGGCUGGGGUCCAGCCCUGCCGGCCGGUGCCGUCCGCUCAACUCGUUAG